GAACUAGCGUUUCAAAAAAUUCACUGCCAAUACUGCGAGCAUAGUUGUCUGGUUAUGUAUCACUCCGAAAUUUAUGAAAAAUGGUUUUUCUUUGCGUUCGUUUUCACAAUAACAGUAGUAAUAAACAAUAACAAUAAAAAUUCAACAUCAUAGGAUAAAGCCAUCAGGAGUGGAAGGAAGGAAGGAAGAGAAAGUUAACGUUGUCUAAUUGCAUAAUUGAAAGUAGAAGAUCCAUUAUUCAAUAAAUAAUAUUUGAAUUAUGGAUGAAUUAAACAAAUUGUCGGCGGCUGUAGAUUCUCUACACGAAAAGAUAAGUGAAUUUCCCAUAGGUGCUGUAUCUUUUGAGGAUUUUAAACCUACUGAAGAGAAAAUCAAGGAUACCAGGGAGUUGUUGAAGGCCCUUAAUGCUAAGCUUCUGAUGCUUCAAUGUAGAAGAGAUACCGCUUUAGAUUCCACGGAAAAGGUUGUGGAAGAAGAAAUUGGACAGAAAAUAGAGAGACUACACGAAGCACUGACGAAUUCAUUUAUAAAUAAUAAAACUGUUGAGUUAUCCCUUCAUAGCAGUGCUGUGAUUGAAAUCAUUUCUGAGGGUCAUGAGUUUCCUGCAUUACAAAAGAAAACCGAGGAGUACAUGCAAAAAAUAUUUUCACUCAACGAUAAGGUAUAUUCAAUCCAAGAGUCAUUACAGAAAGCUUUGACACAACAAAUUGAGGCAAAAAUAGAAUUUUGGAAGGCUAUAUAUGCGUACCAAGACUUUUUGAAGGAACAGCAGGAGCUUCGAGACGAAAAACUUCAGAAAACAAAUCCUGAAAUUGCAAAAAGUAAGAAUAAAAUGGAGAGAACAUUGAGAAAAAUAAAUUUAAUGAAAAAACUUAUAACAAACCUAGUAGCAACAUCGGAAUACCUUAUAAAAGACAAUCCAGUACUAGUUCAAAUGCUGAAAGAUCAUUGUGAUCCAGUUAGUAUAGAAACAAUUCUAGAGAUGUGUCAUGCUCGCGAUAGUAAUACUUGAGGUUUAAAGGAAAAAAUCGUUGAUAUAGCAUAUAAUAUUUGUAUUUUUUUAAAUAAAUGCUUUCACAUAUUGUUAUAAAA